GCCACUGUUGGAGGUCAGAACAGCACAGAAUAGCAGAGCUACAAUUUGCAGUAAAAGAAAAAAGAGGCCAGAGACAGAAGAAGGCAGGGAUGAGAUCAACAGAUGGCCCCUUUUCAGAGCAAUAAGGAUCUGAUCUCUACAGGAAUAAAGGAGUUUAAUGUUCUGCUGGAUCAGCAGGUCUUUGAUGAUCCUCUCAUGCCUGAAGAAGACAUGAAAACUGUGGUUAACGACUGGGUGAACCUGUACAUCAACUAUUACAAGAAGCACGUGCUUGGGGAGCAGCGGGAGCAAGACGGAGCUCUGAAAGAGCUUCAGCAAGAGCUGAGUACUUUGGGCAGCCAGUUUCUAGCCAAAUACAGGAUCAUUCUGAAGUCCAAAGAGACCCCUAGCAGUAAACCGCCUUCCUCAUAGCCUAAAGGCUCAGGGCACCCGUCAUGCCUUAGAACCCCAAACUCUUGGCUCUGUGUUAUGUCUUCAGACCAUUCUCCCAUGAUGUCGUUGUAUUUUGACAUGCCAAUAAAGACUGAUACUAA